AUGUAUACCACUGUCGACAAGAAGCCCAAGAAUGAGCCCAAGAAUGAGCCCAAGAAUGAGCCCAAGAAUGAGCCCAAGAAUGAGCCCAAGAAUGAGCCCAAGAAUGAGCCCAAGAAUGAGCACAAGAAGGAGAAAUGGGGAACAAAACUGGAGUUCCUGUUGACAUGUCUUUCCUAUGUUAUCGGUUUCGGCAAUAUCUGGAGAUUUCCAUACAUUUGCUAUAAGAAUGGCGGAGGCGCUUUCCUAAUCCCAUACUUCUUGAGUCUAGGAUUUAUUGGAUUCCCUCUUAUGGUCAUUGAGAUGACUUUAGGACAAUAUUCCGCGAAGGGCAAAGUCAGUGUUUGGCAGUUUAUAAUGGUUGCCGUUCAGGCCGUGUACUACAAUAUGCUGGUCGGUUGGUCUCUGCGCUACUUCUUAGCCUCAUUCACCUUCCCUGACUUGCCGUGGAAGCGAUGCAACCACACGUGGAAUACUGGGAACUGUACCGAAGGACAGGUCGGGAACAUCAGUGGUCUGAAGAGUCCGAGCGAUGAAUACUUUCACGAAGAAGUGCUCGCAAUCAACGAAGACAUCGCAGACGUCGAUGACUUGCAGUGGGAUCUAGUCUUUUGUCUCUUUAUGGCGUGGCUUAUGGUCUUCCUCUCGGUUUCGCGAGGCGUUAAAGGCAUUGGAAAAAUCUCAUACUUUACUACACUUUUUCCAUACGUUUGUUUGACGAUAUUGUUUAUAAGGGGUAUAACACUGGAGGGGGCGUGGAAUGGCAUCUCCUUUUACAUAACUCCCCGUUGGACUAAACUCUUUGAAAGCGGCGUUUGGAUUGACGCCAGUCAACAGAUCUUCUUCUCCUUAAGUAUAUCGUGGGGAACAAUGAUAACACUCAGCAGUUAUAAUAACUUUGAAAACCAUUUGAUACUCGACGCGACGAUUAUAGCAUUUGGGAACAGUAUGACAAGCAUUGCGGCGGGUUUUGUGAUAUUUGCAUACAUGGGUGCCGUCGCACACGUACGCCAAGUGGAUGUGGACAAAGUGGCCACUGGGGGGUCGGGUCUGGCGUUUAUGAUGUAUCCGGAAGCGGUGGCAAUGUUCCCAUGGGGUCAGCUCUUUUCGGCCGUCUUCUUCUUUAUGCUCAUUCUUCUGGGUAUGGGUUCGCAAACGCCAAACAUCGAGAGUCUGUUGUCCGCUGUCCUCGACUUCAGACCCGAUCGCCGCAAAUACCGGCUCUUUAUUCUUCUCCAGUUCUGUAUCAUUGGUUUCCUAUUGGGACUCAUUUAUUGCAAUACAUCAUUUAUAAAAUUAUUUCUCUCUCUUUCCUUCACCCCAUCGGCCGGUUAUUAUUGGUUCACAAUAUUCAACGAUUUCGUGGCCUCCACUUCGGCGAUGAUCGUCGGUUUGGUGGAAGUGGUGUCCAUCGCGUGGGUCUACGGUAUCGAUAAGUUCAUGGACCACAUGACGGAAAUGGCGGGAAACCCUCCGACUCCCCGACUCUUCUGGAAGAUUGUCUGGAAAUAUGUGACACCAAUCGCUUUGAUUUUCCUACUGAUAGCAACCUUAUGGACAACAAAGGCGCCGGAAUACAGGGACUAUAUAUACCCGACGUGGACAGUGCUGUUUGGGUGGACAGUAAUCGUGGUUCAAGUGUUGCCCAUACCUGUUGUGGCCAUGUAUUACCUCUGCAAGUGUUACAGAGAGAACACCGGCAUCAAAGAUGUCUCCGUACCAGACGUUGACUGGAAAAACAAAGACACCUCCAGUAGUGAGAGUAAUGGUGAUAAACCUCCAGACAAUACUCCCGCCAAUACUCCAGACACUACUCCCGCCAAUUGA